UGUAGUUUGCUAGAGUAGUUUUAGUUCUUUCAACUUAAGCUGUUUUGCUAGAUAACGAACUGAAGCUGAGUAAUAGUAACUCUAGAGACCCGUGGAUUCGAUAUUUAUUACUUGAGCCACUAUACUGCAGUCCCUUUCAUUGGUUACACUUGGCCAUUGUUAGGUGUUGUGUUUUAGCGAGUCAAGUUUUUGGCGCCGUUGCCGGGGAACUUUCUAGAUUAUUAGGAAAGGCAGAAGUUUGUUACUUUAGCGUUUUUCUUUUGUUUUCCACCCUUGCUUUUCACUUGGGUGUUUUUGUUUUUGUUGGUGCAGAUCUGAAUCAUGGAUCCUCAUGGCUUCUCCAACCAUUGGGGGUAUCCACCACCAUCCGAGUGGUAUUACCCCGAGACACCCUGGAGCAAUCAAGGAGGAGAAGACUAUGGAUCCGGGUUCCAGUACCAACCCCCUUUCUAUGGAGAACAAUCUGACCCCUGGGCAUAUCAAGAACAAUCUCAUUACCAAGAAGACUUUCUCCCACAACCAGAAGGGCCAUCAGCGUUGGAGUUACCCAUGGCGGCCUUCACGGGCCAUUCCGCAGAGCCAUGCUACACUCCGCAGCCAGAUCCAAACUAUGAACUGAAGCUUCUCCUGGAGCAGUUUGUUCGGGACUCCGAGAGACGCAAUCGCAGAAUGGAUCUUCACAUCCAAGCCCUCCCCUCUUCCGAUCCCUCAUAUCUCCGUGAUAUGGAGGAGGCUGUUCAACGCUCAGCGAAGCAAACAGAGUGGGUUGAGCAAGUUUGUGCACAACUUGCUCAAGAUCACCCUUCUGCUACCAUACAAGAAGAGGACGAGGAAGAAGAAGGCUACAAGGACAUUGUGGAGCACACAGAAGUUGUCACGGAGAGCUCCCGUGAUGAUCAUGAUCAGGAAUGUCCUGUCAUAGCCGACCACCCUUUCCCACAUCCCACACUGCGCUUUGAAGAGGUGGGCAUGAGUGAGGAGAUGCAAGAAGAUCUCAUGAAAGAAAUUGCCUGGCAACUUGCUCUCCAAUCCGUGCUAGAAGAAGAAGAGCAAGAAAGGGUGCAGAAAGAGGUUGUGGAGGAUGACGAAAGCGAAGCAGGAGUAGUUCUUGAUCAUUUCCCAGGGGUGAUACCACAUGAAGAAGAAAGGGAGGUUGAAGAAGCAAUUGGCGUCCAGGCUGAGGACGAAGUUGAGGUGGAAGAGGCGUGCACCGGCCAUGAGUUACAUGUGAUAUCUCCACCAAACUUCGAGGAAUUGCUCAGCAAGGACCCAUUUGCAGUGUCUCUUUGCCAGACCAAGGCCACAUCGACAUCGGUCCCUCUUGGUGGACGCGAUGGUGGCCAAUCGAUGCUGUCUUAUCUGGUUUGGGGCAAUGAGACGAGAGAAGAGAAGAAGAGGUCUCGAGGGUGGAGACUUCAUCUGCAUCAAGUGCACGAGCCUUCAUCACCUGCCACACCACCUGCUCGUGACUUGAGACUCCACCUCAUCGAUGAGAACCUCAACUUCAAGGAGGUUCUAGCAUGGACCGAAACUUAGGAGCCAUCGUCCGGCUCACGACGUGAAAGAAGCGCUUGUUGGGAGGCAACCCAACCAGUCGGUUUGCAUUUCUUUCUCUAUUUAUCCUCGGUUGAGUCAGUUUUGUUAUUUGAUGUUAGAGUCAAUAACUCAACCUUUGUGAGAUUUUGUGUGGUGUUUGUGUUCUGAUUACUCUCUUUUCCUGGAAUGCACCGCCUGCCCCGUCCAUCAUCAUUCACCCUUGAUCUGGUAACUUCGUUCUACCCUCCUUAUCUUUCCUCCAUUGAGGACAAUGUCGUGCUUAAGUGUGGGGGGGUGUUCGAUUAUGUAUGCGGGUGAAUGUUUGGCUGUUUGUGUGCUUGGAGCCUAGUCCACUGUCCAAAUUUUAAAUUUGAGGGCUCCAAGUACGUGUUUACUUGCAAAUUGCCUGCUCAGUAUGCUUUGAAUUGACAGUCUCUAUAGUAACGUGCAACCUAGGGAGGUAGUGUAGCACUAUGGAGGAUGUUGAAGUAUAAGAUUUUUCCUAUCUAGCUCUCUGCUGUGUCAGUUGAUUUUGUGAAUUAGUGAAGCUAAGACCGUUGAAUUCAUGUGGUAAUGUGGACUCUGUUUGAAUUGUGUUAUGGACUCGUGUAUUGAACAGGGUGCUCAUGUGGCAAAUGAAAAGCAGUUGGUCCUCCAUGUCGAAAUCAUCAAAAAUCUUAAACAUGGGGUAAGCCCAACGUGUGUGGCACCGUUCAUUGCACAAAAUCGGGUUUUGGAAGAGAUUUUAGUGAUCCUUAGUGGGGUACUCCUACAAGGUGAAGCUAAGCUGUCUCUAGUACAAGUAAAACUUCCACCCGUUGAACGGUUUGCCUACUCGAGGAUGUGUUUUUAAGGGCACGGAUAGAGCUUCCGACCCCCCUUAAUUUCAUUGACCCUCCACACGAGUUGAGGAAAAGGAGUUAAAAGAAGUACUCUGGCGAGCGCCAGAUGUACAGAAAUUGCUCCUGCUCGACUAAUAAGGGUCGACCGCGCAAAAGACUGCAGUUGGAACUCCACCAAAUGAAAGAAAAAAUGUAAAUGAAAGUGAGAAAAAUCGGGUUCCAACGGUGAAAUGAAGUGAAAGAGCACCCCGGUACAACGAGUCCUUGGUUGUGAAUGGUGUGAGUCCCUUUAUCCAUGAACUGACUGUCUUACUUUUACUUUUUCUCAUGAUCCUGGCUUGAGUCUAGUACUCGCAUUGAGAAAGAUAGGGGACGUCUUAGAAGACCAGUUGACCUCGUAAGCUGCUUUAUGAUCUAGAAAGUCCUCUACCGACGAUCUGGGGUGUUUGUUGCUAUAGAGGUCUGGAGAGCUGCAUUGGUUUGAGUUAGGUUUGCUUGGGGACAAGCAAACGGUUAAGUGUGGGGGAGUUUGAUAGACCGAUAAUUACACAUAUUUUCACCCCUAUUCUGAAGCCGUUUGUGACGAGGAAUCUCGUGUUUUAAGCCGAUUUCACGCUAGGUUGUGUGUUUAUGUCAUAUUUCAGGUCCCGGCGUUGGAAUCGAGGCGGAGAAACGAGUUCUGGGUCGAAAGGAGCAAGUUUGGGACGAAUAGGGCUGAAGGAGCAAAAUACCCGGUCAGGUGGCCAAAUACCCGACCGGGUAUUAACCAAGGUUGGGCGCCCGAGAAACAGAGAGGGGCCCGGGCACAUCAGUUAAAUUCCCGGUCGGGGAUUUUGGUGGUAGACCGGGGAUUUUCCCUGAGGACGAAACGGUGCGCUUCAAUUAUACCCGGUCGAGACCCAAAAUACCCGACCGGGUAUUUCGACCGGGUAUCGCGAGGGCAGCUGAUAAAAGCCGGUUUUGUGCGUUUUUGCAAGGAAGAGCUGGGUUUUGGAUCCCAAACACCCAAGGGACGAACCAAAGAAAGAGAGGGCGAUUUG